AUGUCACCGACAAUUGGUAAUAAUAAUGAAGAAGUACUGCCGUCUUAUUGGAGAAGCCACAUUACCUCACUAGAGGAGCUCAAAAAUAAACUCGACGGAUGCCAGGCGUACUACGAGAGGAUGCAGAAAGCCAGAUAUAUGCUACCAAUCGCUAGGGUGAAACCCAUUCAGCGACAUGACGUCAAACCGAUGUUUCCAAAACCCGGAAAGCCCUAUUUGGUCAAUACAAGCACUGCCGAGAUGAGAUGA